GGCGGACCCCGAAGAACUCGAGUGGUAGUUUGGGAUGUGCAAAAUGGUGAAAUCCUCCCCCGAGUAAUUAGUGAAUUAAUCAAAGCUGAAUUUGGGUUUUGAACACAAAAUAUUCAUUAUCUUUAUGGAAUUCAGGAAAGCUUCGCCCACAAUUAUUUCGCUUUAAUAUGUUACAUUUAUUACAGACGUGUGUCUGUUUUGGACCCCAUGUGUGCCAUCACCACCCCCGCCGUCCUUCAGGCCGGUCGGCUCUGCGUUUGCACACGGUGCAAAGCGUUAGUCACAAGAUUGCAUCAAAAUCUUUGCUCCUUGCACCCCGAUUUGUUAGAGAGGACAUCCAGCGGCCGCUGAAAGACGUCUCAAGAAGGCACAACUAAAGAUCAGAGAAGAAAACAAAGAUUUUAAUCUGAGUAUUUUACCGACUGUCUGAGAAGACAGCAGUCAUGUUUAAAAACAAGGAUCCAGAGAAGUUUCACCUGGUGUCAGAAGAGAAGAAGAGAUACAGCACACCGGAAAGCGUGCCAAACCACGAGACCUUACAGAAAGAUGGCACAGGUAACAUUAAGCACUGCCAUGAUAACAGCCGUGCUCAGGAGGAUCGAGAGACGGAGAGGAAAGUUGCCAGGAAGAGGCUCUACCUGGUUUCUGUCAUCUGCCUGAUUUUCAUGAUUGGUGAAAUCCUCGGUGGGUAUUUCGCAGGCAGCCUUGCGGUGAUGACAGACGCUGCCCACCUGCUGGUGGACUUAACCAGCUUCAUCAUCAGCCUGUUAUCCCUUUGGCUCUCCUCCAGACCAGCUACACACAAACUCAGCUACGGCUGGCACCGUGCAGAGAUCCUGGGUGCACUGCUGUCUGUUUUCACCAUCUGGCUGGUAACAGGAGUGUUAGUUUACCUGGCCGUGGAGCGCCUCAUCAGUGAUGACUACACCAUCGAGGGAGAUAUCAUGCUCAUUACCUCCGGUUGUGCUGUGGUGGCCAAUAUCAUCAUGGCGGCCGCCCUUAAUCAGUCCGGCCACGGCCACAGUCAUGGUGGGCUCAGCUUUCACGGGCACGGUCACAGUCACAAGAAGGGAAGAGACAAGAAUCAGAUCUCAAACAGCACACACUCGAAUGAUGACUGUACGGAUGUAGAGCAAAAUCAUGGUGAUCACGGACGGAGAGCUCAGCAGGCCAACGCAAGUGUGCGAGCAGCUUUUGUGCACGUGUUGGGAGAUCUUCUCCAGAGCAUCAGCGUGCUCGUCAGCGCCAUCAUUAUCUUCUUCAAGCCAGAGUAUAAGAUAGCUGACCCCAUCUGCACUUUCGUGUUCUCCAUCCUGGUCUUAUGUACCACCUUCACCAUCCUGAGAGACAUCCUUCUUGUCCUGAUGGAAGGUACUCCGUCGGGGGUGAAAUACGGUGAGGUGCGAGACGGCUUGUUAGCGGUGAAAGGGGUUACAGCGGUCCACAACCUUCACAUCUGGGCUCUCACCGUGAACCAGGCUGUGUUAUCGGCACAUGUAGCCAUAGAUGAGUCAGUGGAUGCUCAGACUGUCCUCAGAGAAAUGACACAGGCUUGUUUUGCCUCCUACAAAUUCCACUCCGUUACGAUUCAGAUGGAGAGGCAGGCCGACCUGAAGCCUGGAUGCACACUGUGUGAGGACCCUAAGAAGUAGGAACCCGCCUUAAAUCUUCAUCUGAUCCCAGCGAAACAAAGCCAAGAUUUGUCUGCUGUGGCGCAUGUGUCGAUGACAGUCGGCGCUGCUGCUGGGGACCUUGAGGGCUUAGUGACAAACUUGCAUGACUGUGUCUAGAGUGCCUUUGUAUUGACAGACCCAAAGAAAUGUUUAAAAGAGCAAUGAGGGUGGCUUUUGAAUGUAAACGAUUUUACGGGAAACACUAAUGUCCCCCAUCCUCCUUUGGGAAGUUUUAUCCAUUCGUAGGUAUAGUUUUCAUGAUCAAUUUCUGCUUUUUAAAUGUGUUCAUUGUGAAACCGAAAUCACUGAGGGGUUUAUGCAAAACUGCAGUUCAAAAGUCUCGUGUCAGUGAUACAGGAUGGUGUGGUUUUGUGUGUUUAAGCAUUAAUUCACUUUAUUGACCUCAGACAUCUGAUACAGACCAUCAUUUGCACAUUCUAUCAUAGUAUGUUUUUCUAUAUACUGACUGUUAUACCAGACUCCUGAGUGUAGUUUCAUACAUGAUGUCAACACUUCUUCAAACUUUGCAUGAGUAAGGUGCAAGCUGCAAUGAAAAACUCAAUAAAAUAUUCAUGUUUUUCAAAUA